GGGGUGGUGACGGAGGAGGAGAUGGUGCAGACUGGGAAAUCGUACGAGAUCUUCUCUGCGGACGGGACGCGGCCCGUGCGAGCCAGCAACACCAAGUCCAGCCGCUGCAACAAGAUGCACGCAUGGACAAUACGAGGAGCAAGAAGAGCGAGAAGAGCGAGAAGGCCCAUCUGCAUCAUCCCCGUCGUCGUCGGCGGUGGAGAAGAAGACCCAAGAAGAACACAAAGAAGGAGAAGAGGAACGUUCCUCGUCCUUCUCUUCUCCGGUUCCCCGGGCGCCUACCGCCUGCACGGCGACAUGCACGGCGGCAAUACGCUGUUCUUCCUGGGGAAGUGCUACCCGGCGGAGUGGGUGGUCUGGGACGUCGGCGGGAAGACGGACGGGGCGUGGGAGAGGCUGGAGCUGAGGUGGCAGGAGGGCGGGAAGAAGUUCACCAUCUCGAGGUACGGGGGCCAACACGUGAGGUGGAAGGAUGCCGAUGGGGUUUUCCGGGGGACGAGCGAGAGCAAGGCCACCGAGUUCGUCUUGAAGGAGAAGAUCAGCAGCGCCACUGGCCAAGAUGCCAGCAGCACGAACGGAAGCAGCAGCAGCAGCAGCAGCAGCAGAACGCUCGAUGCCCGCGAGCGAGCGUGCUUUGCCGCAUGA